AUGGGAUUAGCCACUGUGAUUGCAGGAUAUUUUUUGAUUAUAUCAAGCGCGAUAUUUUUUAUAACAACCAUGACGUGAAUUAUAGGAGCUAAACUCCUAUUUGGAAGAGAAGAAAACGCAAUCCUCAGAUGAAUUCAAGAAGACAAGUAUUAUUGUUUUUUAAUCCCAAUGAUUGUUCCCACAACUUUUAUUUUGGUUUAUGGAAAUUGGCUUUCUAUGAAAUUCUUUAGGCAUAACUAA